AUGCAAAUGGUGUUAAUCGAUAAGCAGAAAUUUCAAAAACUUUUACUGACUUAUCUAAAAGAUUGGAAAAAUUUUUUGAUUUUAUAAUAAAACAUUAGAUUUAAUGAAUAUCCUUUAAUUUCAUUAGAUAUUUAUGUUAUAGAUUCAUUAAUUAAAGAAAUACCAUGUAUUGUUUUAUAAAUUAUUUAUCCAAAUAAAUAAUAAUAUAAUUCGAUUUAUUUGGAUUGUCUCAAAAUUUAACAGAAGAAAUAGAUUAAUUUAAGUACUAUUUACUGUAUAUAAGAAUCAGUAAGCAUUUAUUGA